ACGUGAAAUCGUGUGCAUCGUCGUACAAUGGCCGAGCCCAACGAAGACCCUGCCAGUGCUUUGGUUUCCUCGGCGGAGGCGGACAUGAAGGCUCGCGACGGUGGUGGCAGUGACCUCGGUGCAUCUGCCACAGAGUCCCCCAACCAAAGCGUCGAAAGGACGUCGACCAACGCUGCGUUGGGCACAUCCAUGGCCUUACUGAACCUCAACGAGAUCCAACGGUCGGUCGACGACAAAGGCUUCAAAUCGGCCAGACACCACAAAGAAUCCCAGAAUCUACUGCCUGCGAGCUCCUCCACGAGCGCGAGGCGCAGCUCUGGCCCACCUGUUUCGCUGGAACUGUUUCACCAAAUUCGGCGAGCAUCCCUCGACAUAGGCGCACUAAACGAUGUCCGUGAGGACGACGCAGACCCCACUUCUAGCCAAAACUUGCUCGAGGACGAGAUGUUUCCUGUAAAUGACACACUCGUGCCCGAGAUCGAAGCCUACUUGCGCGAAAAGAUUCAGUGCAAUCGCAGCGACACUCAAGCUAAAGACAUUCGAGAAUUCGUCCUCUCGCGGCUCUCGAGCGCCGAGAUUCGUCAACUGCUGCCGCCGCUGCUCGCCCGACUGCAGAGCGAACUCGGGUCCGCGGCGCUGGACAUUCAAUCGAGUCUUUGUGUGGUGGAAGACCUGUUCUCGGACGUCGGUCGAGCAUCGCCGUUGGUUGGCAUGUACACGGACGAGGAAGAAGAUAUGUUGAAGAGCUUGGAACUCCGCACUGUCUUGUAAAUGGCCACGUCGUACAUUAUGAACAAACGACCUUUCGUCGACCAAUGGCCUUUGACCGCUCCACUUCAUGCACCUGCAACGCCAUGGCGGUCGUAUCUUUGCCCCAUGCAUCGUGCCCUCCCAACACACACGCCAGGGUGGCUGGAUCAUGGCCUCGGCACGUUCUAGCGGCCGGCAACACUCGGCGAAUUCUCGCUCGAGAUCCAUGAGACCC